AAUUCUGUUGAGAGCAGCAGACUAGAUCUUCAGACUUGGAUGUUAGGGAAAGAGCCCCUCUUCUCAUUCUUUUUUACCAUCUGAAAGAACUCUAGGAACGUGGUCCUUCAAGCGCAUCCAGGAGACACCAGAUUGCUUUUACAAUGAGUAAAACAUCUUCAACCAACAACUCAGUGAUCCAACCUCAAAGUUCACCGAGUGAUCAGUCUUUAUCUGUGCACCCAUCCAAUGUCAUCGAACCUAGUGUGGCCAAACGGAUCUGCUUUUAUAAGAGUGGAGAUCCUCAGUUUAAUGGAAUUAAAAUGGUUGUCAAUAGCCGCUCUUUUAGAUCAUUUGAUGCUCUGCUUGACAACUUAUCAAAAAAAGUUCCACUGCCUUUUGGAGUAAGGAACAUUACUACACCCAGAGGAGUGCACAAUAUCAAUAAUCUGGAAGACCUUGAAGAUGGAAAGUCAUACAUUUGCUCCCAACAAAAAAAAAUCAAACCCAUUAAUUUGGAGGUGGCCAGAAGAAAGCCGUUGCCAUGGCAGAUUAGUAGGCCAAUCAGUGCUCGUCGUAAGGCUGUACAGUUAACCAGAGAAAGCAAAGGGAGUAUGUUCCAACGGGGUAGCACUAUGCGACUGAGCACCCCUAAGAAGCUGCUUGUUUUCAGAAAUGGCAAUGCAAAAAUCUGGUGUAGAGUUGUCUUGGAUAAGAAGAACACACAAAAUUUUGAGGCCUUUCUGGACCAUAUCAGUGAAUUAAUGCAGUAUUCAGUAUUGAAAUUAUAUACUACUGAUGGGAGAAAGGU